AUGCCCGACCGCUACUCGUUCAGCCCCAACCGCAGCUCUCAAUCUACUCUCACUCCUCCCGACUCGUCCGACAGACCAGAAGACUACGACUCGCUCAGCGGCGCCACUGAUCUGGAAGCCUACUACAACAGCGACAACGACUACACCUCGCACCUCUCGCGCGCCGCCUCCAUUUCGAGCAGAUACUCGAUCUAUUCAUUGUCACGCGUCAGUUUCGCUAGCCAGCUCGCCCAGCUCAGCUCCAUCCAACUCCCCGACGCAACCUCGCUAUCCGCACGUAUAUCAUGCAUGCCCACUUCUGCCAGCGCUGCAAACGCCUUGAAAGACUCGUCAGAUCAGAUCAGACGCUGGAUCCGGAAUGCACACGCCGUUCUCGACGGCUUGGACGCAGAAGACGAUGUUGAGUGGGCUGCUGCUGGAGGGAGAGAAGGCUUGGAUCAUGUUGACCGUGCCAUCGGCCGCUUCGACAAGGUUGUCAAGCUCUACAUACUCUCGGUUGAAGAGCUGCACUUGCGACACGAUAUUGCCACACUGCCCAGAGAUCAGGUCCAGGCCAACUCGGACGACAUGGAUCUUGUCAUUAAAGAAUGGCAAAAGAUCAAAGACUCGUUGGCUGGCGUAAAAGAGCAGGUCGAGAUUGCCAUGGAGUGGGAAGAGCUGUCCAACUCUGUCGGUACUGGAAUAGCCCACGAACUCGACGACCUGGCUGGCCUAGUUUUCGAGAUGGAAGAGCAAAGACAUCUGUCCGUCACGUCGAGUUCAGCAGAUGCCGCCCAGCACGUCGAUCUCGACGAAUUGAAGCACAUCGUCGACGAAAAGGCUGGCACCAGCAAAGUCGCUCCCAACCCUCGCUUGAGCCUACCGGCCCCCUUCUCACCCACCUCUACCUUGCAAACAACGCCUACCAUUGGAAACAUGGAAGAUAAUUUGCUCGCUCUCUUUGCUCGGAUGCAGCCUCUGAGAGCAUCCCUGGACUUUCUACCCAUGCGACUAUCUGUCUUCCAUUGCAGAGGCAACAGCGUCUUCCCUACCGCCUGUCUGCAUCUGGAGGGCAGGAGGGAUUCUCUCGAGGCUCAAUGGAAGAAGCUUGAAGCUGAUGCCGAGGCCUUACGGCGUGAACUCGGCGAGGACCGUUGGCUCCUAGUCUUCCGCAACGCUGGGAGGCAGGCCUUGAAGAUGUGCCAAUCCGUCUCACGAAGUGUACAAAAGCUCGCGACAGCUCUCGAUCAUGACGAGCAGCGUACGGAUACGGCUGCGCUAGCGAAGAAAGUCGAGAGCUACGAGGCCAAGAAGAACCAUUAUGGUACCGCGAUUGAGAGAGUGCUUGCCAUCAUCGAUCGUGGCGUGCUUGAUCGAUUGACCGUCAACGGCGAGAUCUUGGGCCUCCAGUCGGACAUGAAGCGGAAAUGGGCGAGCAUCCAAGCAGAGAUGCGAGAGCUGGACUCACGCCUGCUAGGAGUGAACCUCGAUGUCAGGAAUCAGCAGCUACGAGACUCUGUCAGCACCAUUGUCUCGUCCGAGCAUUCAAUGACCAGCAGCUUCAUGGACACGCCUAGGAGCUCGUCGGCCUCGUCUGUAAGUCGACCUGACAUGACCCCCCGACGUGAAUCUCGCUUCACCCGCUUCGUUAGCGCUAUUCCGCGCAGGACACCGCAGUCAAAGCCCAAGGAUUACAAGUCGUCUUUGAACCACAAGACCUCGCGAGGUAACCUGGCUUCGGGUGGAGCUACACAUACGCCGUACACGCCUCCACCCCCAGUGGAUCCACUCAUUCGCCAGUUCAAAGCUCCAGAGAACAAGCCUCGAUGGAACCUCGCAACCAACACAAGAAGCACGUCUCUCCAAUCAUUGCAUCCUGCAUCGUCGGAGCCUUCCACAAACCGAAGAGUGACGCUUCCUCAUCGGCCGACGACUCCGCACUCGACAGGCUCUAAGAUUCCUACUCCGAGUUCGUUCAGCCGCAGUACAAACUCGCCAGUGCCUUACACUCCAGCUACGCCUUCACGACGCCUCGUGUCGACACCUUCAAGCUCGCCAUUGACCCCACGAGCAAACAGCCAGCUGGCAUAUCGAUCCGUUUCGUCAAACGCAAAGCCUCGAUCGACCUCAUUCUCGUUAUUGCCAGGCGGGAACCCACUACGGGCUCCUUCAUCCCUUCGCAAAACCAGCUAUCUUUCACCAACUUUGGACAACCACGACGAGAACGAGGAUUACGCGAAUGCAGACAGACUAGCUCCUGGUCGCCAGAUUAGAGCUGCAAGUGCUCUGGGUAGUGCCGGCGCCGAAAGAAAGACCAGUGGAAAUUUGUUUGGCUUCUCAAGGACCAAGCAAGGCAGAAGUGGGAGCAGACUCGACACCGCCGCUUCUGCAGGUGCAGUGGGAGAGUGA